CCUAGGCAGUGAGGGACAGAGUAGAGUCAAGACUAGUCAAUGAGAGUAAACACAGGAAGUGGUGCUGAUUAGCCAAUGAGUCACUGAGAGGGGACCAACAGUGUUAGGUGUAAUAUAUAACUUAUUAUAACAACAAAUAUGAAGGUCUUCAAGGUGUUCAACAAAUAUUUUCCAACAAAACAAGACGUGGAGGGACCAGAGAAGAUCAUGGCUAUAUCUUCCCCAACAGUGGUCAAACAUGAUGUCCACGUCAUCCUCAAUAAAAAUACUGGGUCACUGGAAGGCAUUCCUGAAGCAUGGAAAAAAUAUAUUGAAAACACUAUUGGGAAAGAUGAAAUGCAAGAAAAUCCUGAAGCUGCCCUCUCUGCUGUGAUGUUUUGGAAUCGCUCGAUGCUAAAUCAGAAGGGUGAAGUGGGAUACAUGCCAACAACUCCACCUGUGCAAGAGGUCUCAGAAGGUGAUAAACUUGGAACUAACAGCUGUGAUGAGCUGGAAGAUGGAGAUCAGAUGAAGAUACAUAAGGAGAAACUUGAUACCAGUGCAAGCAGCACCCAAGAACCCCAGAUUGCAUGCUCCCUCCAAGCUCAAGGACUAGUGGAGCAUCAAGCUGAAAGACCAGAACUUGGGGGAAGCAUAAGCCCUGUGCAGGUUCGAAAGAAGGUUAGUGGCAAACUAACUGAUGAGGAGGUGAUGGCAGAAUUCCAACGGAUUUGUUCUCCCUCUAACCCAGAGACAAUAUAUGAACGGGAUAUGGAAUUAGGUGCAGGGGCGUCUGGAACAGUGUUUGCGGCACGGGAGAAAUCAACGGGUAAGAGAGUGGCAGUGAAGGAUAUGGACCUUAGUAAACAGCCCAAAAAGGAGCUUAUUUUGACCGAGAUCAAUGUCAUGAAAGAACUUCAACAUGAAAAUCUUGUCAACUUCCUGGAUGUGUUUUUACUUAACAACCAUUUGUGGGUAGUGAUGGAGCUGUUGGAUGGUGGACCACUGACAGAUAUUGUAACAGAAACUGUAAUGAAAGAACCACAAAUUGCUGCUGUGUGUAAUCAUACCUUAGGUGGCAUUCAAUACCUCCAUGAGAAUGGAGUAAUUCAUCGAGAUAUCAAGUCAGACAAUGUUCUCCUUGGUAAAGAUGGUUCUAUUAAACUAACGGACUUCGGCUUCUGUGCUAACAUCAGUGGAGACGAAAAGCGUCAAACCAUGGUUGGGACACCAUACUGGAUGGCUCCAGAGAUUGUGAAUCGUAAGCAUUAUGGAAAGAAGGUUGAUAUUUGGUCUUUGGGCAUCAUGGCCAUUGAGAUGAUUGAAGGGGAGCCACCGUACCUCAAGGAGACACCACUUCGUGCUCUCUAUCUCAUUGCAUCUAAUGGCAAACCUGAUAUUCCUUCGUGGCAAAAAUUAUCCCCAGAGUUCCAGGAUUUUUUAAGCCGUUGUCUUGAAGUUGACAUGGAAAAGCGUGCAUCUGCUGAGGAGCUUCUUUCUCAUCCGUUCCUCUCUAAGGCAGUCAGUACAACCACUCUAAAGCCUCACAUUGAAGCGGCUCAAAAACUCCUUGACAAACGUAUCAGCUCUGAGAUGUAAACAAAGUUGUUGGUAUAUGUUAAGGAUUAUCAGCCUGGUUUACCUAGGCUUAUGUUUAAGGAGAGAUAUAACAUCAUCAACCACCCCAUUACAUAAAUAUUACAAGCCUGGUUGAAGCAUUAUAGAGUUUUAGCUAAUGCAUAUUUCAUCAGUGUUCAGUAUCCAGCCUUAUUUUUGUUUUGUCUUUGAGAUAAACAGUGACCAGUAUUCUUACUGAGCAGUGUGUGGGGUUGUGGCUUCAUAAACAUUUCAUGCUAAGUUCAUGGUAUUGAAUGUACAGUAUGUCUUUAUAUAUCCAUGGGGGACAUUUUCUAUUUGUAAAGCAGAAAUUUACUUACAGAUUUCUGUCCAAAUUUGUGAAUAUUUUAUGCAUUUAUGCUGUGUUAUUUGAAAUCUGUCUUAUCUACAAAAAACAUUUCAGAAAUAAAAAUAAUUCAGCAUAUUUUUAAAUUACGUACCAUGUUGGAUAUGUUUAGCAUUUCAUUCGUCUGAAAUAUUUUUCAUGUUGAGGAUUCACGUGAAAAUAUUUAAAUUUAAUAUGAAGACAAUAGCAAUAUAUACAGUACUCUAAAUACACAAAGCUGUUCUGGGAAGUUUGACUUUGGCAUGAUGAAAAAUAAUAGACAUUGGAAGUACCCAUUGAUCACAAAAUUCUCUAAGUAAUACCAGUAAAAUAUUCCAGUAUUGGUUCCUAAACAAAUCAGGAAUUUGUUCAUUCCUGAGCUGUUUGUAGAUGUACUUGUCAUACCCAUUCAGGAAACAAUUUAUUGACAGAUUGCUCUUCAUGACAGGAUUUACAAAACAAUUGUGUUGAAUUUUAUGUAAACAUUCUUGUGAGUUAGAUUAGAGUAUGAAGAGUACAGGGUAAACUUAGAGAGUGUAUGGAGAUUGGAUUGAAUUAUGAUUUAUGGAGAGCCAAUAUUGGACUGUACAGUAUUUAAUUAUUAGUGAGAAAUAGCAUAUUGGUUGUAGCUACUUAAAAUGUAUUAUGAUUACUCACUUGAUCUCUAAACUGAUAGGUGAAAUUCCUCAGACUGUAUAAAAACUGAUCAUGAACAUUUAAGGCAGAUGUUUCUGUGCUGUCCUCCUUGAUUUUUUAUAAGUUUGUUGCUUUAUUGGCUGAAAAUUACUACCAAAGAUAUUGCUACACAAGUGUUGCCAGUUUAAGUGAUAAUACACAGAACAUUAUACAGUAUUUAGUGGUACUUUAGACAUGUUGCACUGUUCAGUUAAAUGGAUCAAGUGUUAUAGGAAAGUGGUCUUGUUUAAUAUCAAUGUGUUUCAGGUUUUUAACAGACAAAUUUGAAGUUCAAUUUAGGUAACUUCUACAGUAGAUGUGUUACUGUAAAUACUGUAUAGUGUAGUUAAUUAGAGCUGCUUUCUGUAUAUCAUCAGACAAGUAUCUCAUUGUGAUGUAGUUUUGCCUGAAAUAACUGUUUUAUAAGUUCACCAGUUGAAGUAGAUAGCUGUUUAAGAUCCUGGUAAAUGCAACUACAGUACAGUACAAUGACCUGUACGUUGUGAUUCUAAAAGGUGCCAUAUUGUAACUGAUUGUGAUGCUAGUUACCAUAAAUAUCCUCAGUUGUAUGUACAGUUGCCUGCACCUAUACCUGGUUUAGUGGUUGGCAAGUUUUGUAAGAUGUGGCAACUCUGUGGAAUGAUUACCUAACAAUUUUAGCCUGGCUACUAUUGCAAGGUUCCAUAGGACCAUUCCUAUGGUGUUAAUACAGUAAACCCUUGCACUUCCAGGUAAUUAG